CUUUGACGUUUUAAAUUUCAUUCAUCAUCGACUCACGUCGGCUUCUUUUUUGAAGCGAAAACUUAAUUGUUAGUGAAAUUUACUUCGAUUACUUAAUUUAAACAUGUUCAGAAAUCAGUAUGACAGUGAUGUCACAGUAUGGAGCCCUCAGGGUCGGCUCCACCAAGUGGAGUACGCCAUGGAGGCUGUCAAACUUGGUUCAGCUACCGUAGGGCUGAAGAACAGACAAUAUGCCGUCCUCAUUGCUCUUAAAAGGGCUGUGAGUGAGUUGUCCGCUUACCAGAAGAAAAUUAUUCCCAUUGAUGAGCACAUCGGCAUCUCUAUCUCUGGUUUGACUGCUGAUGCUAGAAUGUUGAGCCGUUUCAUGCGCACUGAAUGCCUGAACCACAAGUAUGCACAUGACGCACCAAUGCCCGUUGGCCGUCUCAUUGGUCUCGUUGGUAACAAGAUGCAGAUUUGUACGCAGAGGUACGACAAGAGGCCUUUAGGAGUUGGACUGUUAGUAGCUGGCUACGAUGAUCAAGGACCACAUAUUUACCAGACUUGCCCAUCAGCAAACUUCUUCGACUGCCGUGCGAUGGCCAUAGGAGCUCGGUCACAAUCAGCUCGUACUUACUUAGAAAAACAUCUGUCUUCUUUCCUGGACUGUGAUCUUCAGGAGUUGGUGGCUCACGGACUUAGGGCUCUGAGGGAUACCUUGCCUAACGAAGUGGAUCUUAACACCAAGAAUGUGUCCAUUGCGAUUGUGGGUCCGAAGACUCCUCUGCGCAUAGCCGAUGAAGAGGAACUGACUCGUCUUCUGGCGCUGGUGGAAGGUGAGGAAAGGAGGGGAGGCGGUGCCAGCGCCACUGGCGAUGCUGGUGCUGCAGCUGACCGUGAGCGUGACGCUCCGGGGGACGAUCCCCAACCCGCCGUGGCCAUGGAUACGGAGUAAAUGAGGAGCGACUCCGGGGAGAUGACGAUGACGAAGUUAUAAAGGCCGAUAGAACUAGCAAGUUUUAUCGUUGCUAUGGCAACCAAAAUGUCGUCGUCAACAACGCCAAGAUUUCGCGUUUCCCUUCCCGUUGCUCACCUAAAGAAUUGCCUUGGCCAGUGUUUAGAAGUGUACGUUCAUGUUGCUAAAUAUACUUAUAAAUGACUAGCUUCCGUCCGCGGCUUUACGCGCCGUUUAUAAAAAGUAGCAUUUCAGUAAAUCCAUGCUAUCAUCUGUUUACGUACCAAAUUUCAACUUAAUCAGCCCAUCCGUUUUUGAGUGAAAAAAUAACAAAAGUACAUUUAGAAAUUCUCACAAACUCUCAAUUCAUAAUAUUACUUAGUAUAGUAUGAUAGUAGGAAGGAUUUUGGUAGCUACCCAU